CUACUGAUUGCCCGGGUCACUACUUCCUUCGGUUUUACUAUCCCUUCGUUUCCGCUAGCCUUCUCCUUCCAGAGCAACCGCGCCAUUCGUCUCCUCCGUCUCGUUCGUAGUGCAACACAUACAGCCUCGUCUGGUGAAGUGAAAGAACGACAAGAUCUGUGGUACGGCGGUGCCGGCCGACAUCCACCCACUGUGCUACCCCUUGCGGUUCCAGCCAGCGCAGCGAUCGAUUCCCGCUGGCCGCUGCCGUCGGUGCCUGCCCGGUCCUCCACUCCUCCCGCUACUAGUACUAGUACCAGCACACUCCACUGUCCACUCCACUGCCAGUGCCAUCCCAUUCCCAUCCGAGGUAAACGCGUCAACGCGACCAGCUCACCUCGUCAUCUCCCAUUCUCUUUCAUAUUUGCAUGCAUCUCGGUUCUCGGAUCUGCAGCGCUCGACGACGGGGAGAAUAGCGUGGCGUGGGCGGCGCCAUGAAGUACAGCAAGGAAGAUAAGCCCGAGAGGGCGGGCGGCGCCGGCGCAGGGUCCAGGGCGGUGCCGGUGGCGCUCGUCGUCGUCGUGCUCUGCGCCUUCUCCUUCUACCUGGGCGGCAUCUACAGCACGGGACGGAGCCUGCUGGACUCCAUCCAGCCGGCGCCGACGGCUCUCCUCGCCCUCGGCGCCGCCACGACGACCCGCCGUCCCUCCGACGACGGCCAGGCUCGGCCGGCACUGGCGUCCACGGCCGCCGUGGCGUUCCCCGAGUGCCCCGCCGACUACCAGGACUACACCCCCUGCACCGACCCCAAGCGCUGGCGGAGGUACGGCAACUACCGCCUCAGCUUCAUGGAGCGGCACUGCCCGCCGCCGCCCGACCGGCAGCAGUGCCUGGUGCCGCCGCCCAAGGGGUACAAGCCGCCCAUCCGGUGGCCCAAGAGCAAGGACCAGUGCUGGUACCGGAACGUCCCCUACGACUGGAUCAACAGCCAGAAGUCCAACCAGCACUGGCUCGUCAAGGAGGGCGACCGCUUCCGGUUCCCCGGCGGCGGCACCAUGUUCCCCAACGGCGUCGGCGCGUACGUGGACCUGAUGCAGGGCCUGGUCCCGGGCAUGCGCGACGGCACCGUCCGCACCGCGCUCGACACCGGCUGCGGCGUCGCCAGCUGGGGCGGCGACCUGCUGGGGCGGGGCAUCCUCACCGUGUCGCUGGCGCCCAGGGACAACCACGAGGCCCAGGUGCAGUUCGCGCUGGAGCGCGGCAUCCCGGCCAUCCUCGGCAUCAUCUCCACGCAGCGCCUGCCGUUCCCGUCCGCCGCCUUCGACAUGGCGCACUGCUCGCGCUGCCUCAUCCCCUGGACCGAGUUCGGCGGCCUCUACCUCCUGGAGAUCCACCGCGUCCUCCGCCCGGGCGGCUUCUGGGUGCUCUCCGGCCCGCCCGUCAACUACGAGAACCGCUGGCACGGCUGGAACACCACCGCGCAGGCGCAGAAGGCCGACCUGGACAGGCUCAAGAAGAUGCUGGCCAGCAUGUGCUUCAAGCUCUACAGCAUGAAGGGGGACAUCGCCGUGUGGCAGAAGUCCGCCGACGCCUGCUACGACAAGCUCACCCCGGUCACCACGCCCGCCAAGUGCGACGACAGCGUCGACCCCGACGCCGCCUGGUACGUGCCCAUGCGCUCCUGCGUCACGGCUCCCAGCCCCAAGUACAGGAAGCUGGGGCUCAACGCCACGCCCAAGUGGCCCCAGAGGCUCAGCGUCGCCCCGGAGCGCAUCAGCGUCGUCCCGGGCAGCAGCGCCGCCGCCUUCAAGCAGGACGACGCCCGGUGGAAGCUCAGGGUCAAGCACUACAAGACGCUGCUGCCGGCGCUGGGGAGCGACAAGAUCAGGAACGUCAUGGACAUGAACACCGUGUACGGAGGAUUCGCAGGCAGCCUCAUCAAGGACCCCGUCUGGGUCAUGAACGUCGUCUCCUCCUACGGCCCAAACUCCCUCGGCGUCGUCUACGACAGAGGGCUCAUCGGCGUCAACCACGACUGGUGUGAGGCGUUCUCGACAUAUCCACGCACCUAUGACCUGUUGCAUCUUGAUGGCCUGUUCACAGCAGAGUCUCACAGGUGCGAGAUGAAGUACGUGCUCCUUGAGAUGGACCGUAUCCUUCGUCCCACGGGCUACGCCAUAAUCCGGGAGAGCACCUACUUCCUCGAUUCUGUGGCACCCAUUGCCAAAGGGAUGCGAUGGAGCUGCGAGAAGCACAGCAGCGAGAACAAGGCCGACAAGGACAAGAUCCUCGUCUGCCAGAAAAAGCUUUGGGCAGGAAAGCAGUGACGAGAGAGGAUCAUCCUUCUUCCUUCCGAGUAUAAAAAAGUAGGCAUCCAGAUCGGCCAACAAGGCAAGAGGCGCUUCAAUACACAUGGAAGAUGAGCGAGUACUUCUGAUACAAAGAGUGUUCGGCAGUUAUUAUCAAAAUAAAUAAGCCGAGUAAAACUCCAUAUAGGAUCCAACAGUUACCAUUUUUCAUUAAUCACAGUUUAAUUCUUUUUCUGUACCGACAGUUUGUAGGCAAGGAGUGGGUCAAUUCAUAUACCAUAUGGUGAGCAAAUGUAAGUUUACUCCACACUAGAUGUGUAUAGCUUGGUUGGUGCUACUGCUAUCGAUGUAAUAGCGGGCCACGUAUUUACUUCACAUGUUUUGUGGAUCAAUAUACUAUGACUGUGAUGUCCUAAAGCGACGGAUUUUGUUGA